UCAAACUGGACCAUGGAUUCCAUCUCCCGAUACCGUGAAGCUUGUUUGCAUGCCAUUCAAACGCGUGCUUAACACGGCAGCAACCGUCGCGUGAAGCCAUCUCCACUCUCCUCUCCUCCGAUAUCAUUUUGCACAAAAUCAAUAAAAAAGUAAAAUACACUUCCAAAUCGCAAGCAGAGAAGGAAAGCAAAAUCAAAUCAAUUUCGCGAUGACUGAUCAACCCCGCCUCAGCAUUAACAAUCUACGGACGACGUCUCACCUCAUCAAACAGGCCUCCGCCUCCUUCUCCGCCAAUCUCUUCACCUUCCUCCUCCUCUCCUUCCUCCUUUUCUCCUUCCGUUCCCUCGUCGAGAAUGGGACCCACGCCCUCACGUCCUUCAUCGACCGUGACCCUUCCCUUAAAUCUCUCCUCUCUCGACUUGACCUUGCCGGCCACCACCUUCAUCCUCAACACCGCAUUCACCGCCUCCCUCCUCGCCGCCACCGCCGCCCCUUCCUCCAUCUUACUCGCGUGGGAACCCUAGAUGAUGACUUCUUCUCCGGUGACGACGAUACCGAUCGUUCCCUCUUUGGUCCUAACCGUAAGCUUCCUCCUAAUGGCAGCUCUGUAAUUCUUUACAAUUUCGACCGGGAGUCGGGAUUUUCCGAAUUUGUCGUCGAUAACGGGAUCAAGAUUUCGGAAACUGUUCAUUCUGGCAUUCAAUUCAAGGUAGAUAGUCUACCUAUGGAUGGUAGCGAUAGAGAAGGCACCGAUUAUGGUGAUAAUGAAAAGGAAGAGGAAGAGGAAGAAGAAAAGGAAAAUGGAUCACUGGGUUUAGAAAAGGGCGGAGAUUUGGACCGGAUAGUGGAUUUGCAAUUCUUUAUUAAGGGAUUGGAGCUGGGCCGACGGGACGCGGCUGCCUUGUUCUUUCUAGUAAGUUUCUUAUCCGCAGCUUAUGGGUGGGUGAUUCUUGGGUUUACUGCUUUAUAUUCGUGGAUAUUGGGCAUCGUUUUUGUUGCUGUGGUUAGUGAUUUGUUGGGGAGGUUUAAUUCAUUCGUUGCUGUUGUUUGGGAUGGGUCUCGAUUGGGACUGAAACGACUCACUGGGUUUAUCCUCAUGAGAUGGGCGGUUAGGGAUGCUUUAACUCAGCUUAUCGGAUUGUGGUAUUUUGGUGAAGUUGAGGAUCAAUAUUCGUUUUUUAAGCUAUUUGUAAGGUUGAAAUUGAUGCCAUUUUCCAUUAUGUCUCCAUGGAUUCGAGGGUUUGAAAAAGAAAUUUCAGGGUUUUUGUUUACUUGGUUUUUGUUGGAUGCAUUUGUGGCGUUUAUAUUUGCAGUGGAUGCAUGGGUUACCAUUGUGGAUUCAAGGAGGACCGGGAGAGAGAUUGUUAAGGAAGGUUGUUAUUUGAUAUCAACCAUGUUUAACCAGGCUAUCCAAAUAAAGUCUAUGGAAACAAUACUUUGCGGGUCUGUAGCAAGAUGGCUCUUAACUCGGGUUUUUGGGAAGUUUCUUGCUGCAGUUUUUCAGUCAACCCUGGAGGUUUACUUUAUGGUAGCUUGGUUGAUAUUUUACUUUGCUGCAAGGUGUAAGGAAGCUCAUUCAGAAGGGAGGAGGUUUGGGAGGAGAGAACUGGAGGGAUUGAUUGAUGGUCUUAGAUGAUAAUAGCAGGUGAUGAGAAAUGAUAUUUUCCACUUGCAGGCGGCAUCAACUGUAGCGCUAAAAUAGCGUGUGCGGUGAUCUUCAGUGCUUUAUGUGUUCCUGUUUUUUGCAGCCCCAGUCUGUCAACACUGCCAUUGGUAGGUGUAGUCACCAGCGAUAUGUUGUAUGUACUUUAUCACGAGGCAAUAUACUUCUUGUGUAUAUUUUCCAUGGGAAUGCUUUCACGUGUAUAUUUUCAUCCAAUCAUUGUUCUAAGUCCUUUGCAAUGCCCAUUCUGUUAUUGACCAAUGAUAAUGAUAUAGAUUGAGAAAGGUAUUGAUUUACAUCCA